AAAGAACAAUAUGGAGCACACCGGCAUCGAGGAGGUGAGCCAGACCCACCAGCAGCAGCAACAGCAACACGAGCCCAUCAGUUUCGGCAUCGACCAGAUCCUCAACAGCCCGGAGCAGUCCCAAGGCGGCUGCAUGCUGCCCAACCGGACCGGCGAGCCCGAGUACGCCGCCCUGGCGGCCGCUUCCAACGCCGUCUACGGCAACGGCUACGGCGGCGUGUACAACCCGGCGUGCUCGGUGGGCCUGCACGCGGGCUCCUACAACGUCAACAUGAACAUGAACGUCAGCAUGAACAUGAACGUCAACGUCAACUCGGCUGCGGCUGCGGCGGCGGGGGCCGGAGGGGUCAUCCGCGUCCCUGCGCACAGGCCCAUGCCCCCGCCCCCGACCCCCAACUCCGGAGCCGGCGGGGCCCACCACCAGCAGCCGCCCGGCCUCGGCCCGGUGCCCGGCAUGGCCCCCAUGGGCAAUGCCAACUUUACCUUCCCCUGGAUGGAGAGCAGCAGGAGGUUUGCCAAGGACAGACUAACAGGGGAGCAGGCAGAGGAGAGCCGAGCGCGAGAGGCCGCCGGGGGGCCCGGGGCCGGGGCGGCGGCGGCCGCCGGCCCCCACUGCCCUCUCCCCAAAGGGGACAUCGGCAGGGUCCCCGUCUGGAGCACAGUGGAGACCUUAGCUAAAUGCUAUUACCCCGAGCUCGCGCACCUGCGAGACGGCAAUGGCCUCCUCGCAGACUAUUCGUUCCCAAAGGGCGCUUGCCCAGCCGCCCUGUCGCCGUUCUCCGUGACCCGCCGCAUCGGACACCCGUACCAGAACCGCACGCCGCCCAAGAGGAAAAAGCCCCGCACGUCCUUCAGCCGGGUGCAGAUCUGCGAGCUGGAGAAGCGCUUCCACCGGCAGAAGUACCUGGCGUCGGCCGAGCGCGCCACCCUGGCCAAGGCCCUGAAAAUGACCGACGCCCAGGUCAAGACGUGGUUCCAGAACAGGCGGACAAAAUGGCGGAGGCAGACGGCGGAGGAGCGCGAGGCGGAGCGGCAGCAGGCCAACCGGCUCAUGCUCCAGCUCCAGCAGGAAGCCUUCCAGAAGACCCUGAGCCAGCCCCUGCAGCCCGACCCGCUCUGCCUGCACAACUCCUCCCUGUACGCCCUGCAGAACCUGCAACCCUGGGCGGAUGACAAUAAGGUGACGUCCGUCACCUCCCUGGCGUCUGUCGUCUGACGGUCUAAAAGGCCAGGAGGGACCGCCCCGCCCCCUCCCACCCCCCGUCCCCCCCCUCCCGACCCCCAAACUAACGGACACCUCUGUACAUGCCCACCUCUCAAGACUGACCCCCCCCCCCCCCCCCCUUCUAUCUUCCCUUUUUACUGCUGGGACCUUCAAGAGGAUGCAGAGACUUUUUCUCCUAGUGUCAGCAAAAAAAAAAAAAAAAAAAAAAAAAUAUCCAUCUGGGUUCUCCCUUUGACUUUGUACAAUGUAGUAAUUUAAAAAAAAAAAUGCAUGUUUAAGAUCCUUUUCUCUACGGGAGUUCUUCCUCGAAGCGGACUUCCUCACGACGCUCCAUUUCAAAAAAAAAAAAAAAAAAAAAAAAAAAAAAAGGGUGUUUUAUAUUAAAUGAUUGUGACUUUUUUUUUCUUUUCGUUUUUGUUUAUUUGUUUGGGAAAAACGAUGACAAAAACUUCUCUUUGUUUCCUGGGUCCUGGCAAUUUGAGCUGAACAUUAAACUAAAAGGGGUAACCCGACCGAACUAAUAAUUCUCAAAUUAAUUAUUUAUAGGGCAAGUUUAAAACAACUGCGACUGAAACAGUCCUGUACAUAAAUAAGUUUUAAAAAAUCAAAACAAAAAAAAAACAGAUGAGAAUUGAACACUAGCAAUGAUUUAAAAAAUACUUUUAAUUUUUUUUAAACAAACGAGAAAAAACAGGCCGCAAAUAGAGGG